AAUUUCAAUAUUAUUUCACUUUGAUCGACUUUGCUUCGCUUCAUAAGACUUAAAACACCGAAACCAGAAACAAACGCCCCUAUAUCAACACAAGAUUCAAUCCUACGAUACAAAAGGAAGAACGGCAACAAUUUGGAAUUGCUGUAAGGUUUGCACUCAAUCUCUUGCUUCACCUCAAAACCAUAGCUUUAAUUUUCACUAAAACUAUGUGGGAGAUAAGGGAAAGACGGCUCCUUUGCUUGAAGAAAAACAAUCCCUUUCUUGACAAAAAAGUAAACGAGAGAAGUUGAUCAACUGGUUCCUAGCUUGGGUUAUUACAUCCGAUUCUUGAGUUUUUCGAUAUUUGAAUAUGGGGGAUCAUUUUGUAUUACUAGUGGAUCGGUUGUUGACAGAAUCCACACUGGAAGCUGCAAUCGGAAGCAGGAACCGGUCUUUGCAGGCCACUGCAUCGGCAGUUGAUGACACGAAGGUAUUCGGUUCUUCAACAACGGUAGAUUUGUUAUCCCCGAGGAAAAUUGUGGAAUGCAGGAUAUGCCAAGAUGAGGAUGAAGAUUCAAACAUGGAGACCCCUUGUUCUUGUUGUGGCAGCUUGGAGUAUGCUCAUCGGAGAUGUGUACAAAGAUGGUGCAAUGAGAAGGGCAACACUACCUGCGAAAUAUGCCAUCAGCAAUUCAAGCCUGGCUAUACCGCACCACCUCCUCUGUUUCAAAUCAGGCAUCUUCCAAUGAAUCUGAGGGCAAACUGGGAUAUCUAUAGGAGGGAGUUAAAUGAUUCUCGCUUUAUAGCAGUUGUAUCAACAGAUCGCCACUAUGAUGAAUAUUCAGUUUCGACUACAAGAAGCUCGAUAUAUUACCGAACAGUUGCAAUAGUGUUGAUGCUUCUUUUGAUUUUACGACAUACUCUUCCUGUCAUACUUACUGGAAGCAAUGAGUACACUUUCCAAUUGUUUACGGUAAGUUUUGUUCUUGUAUUUGAAGAUAUUGAUCGACUUCCAGUGUAUAAACUAGCGCUGUCACAUGUUGUACAGUUGCUAUUACUUCCGAUUGUUGGGAUUAUCCUGCCAAUAUAUUUGAUGGUGAAAGCAGUGGGUGCCCUCCGUCACUGCCGGCAACAACAGGAGGCUCCAAAUUCGUUGUUUACUCAAUCAGAUGAAGAAACUGAGCAUUCUACCAUGCAAGCUCAACCUCACAUAGUCAACAUCCUUUGAAUGCCAACAGAUGCACUAGAAGUCAUUACAAGAAAUUGGUGUCAUCAAUAUCAGGCCAUCUUUGGGGAGUAAGAGUAACGAAACUGGAAGAUGUUGAUCUCAGCCAAUAAGGGCUUGUAGUUUGGCAAAAAUAUUUUUAUUACAUGUUAGGCAAGUAGUCUUUAGAAAAAGAUUGUACAGACCGACUCUGGGGAAGACCCCUUUUGUAUAUAGUUAAAGAAAAUAUACACUGACAGAAAGAAAUACGAAGGUAUGUACUGUGUAUAUAACCAAUGUACAGUAUAUAUAAAAAAGGCAGCAAUACAAGUGUACAUCGUUUUGUCUUAA